AUGGAAGGUAAAGCCCAAAUGGAUGAUGAGGAAGAGGUGAUGGAUAUUGUGGCUGCCAGAAGCCACGGUGACAAUAAUGAGGCGGAGCUCAGAAUGCCGGACAUUUUUGAAUUGGAAGCGCCACAGAGAGAAGACAAGCAACCGAAGAGAGAGGAAAUGGGGAGGCCGUUCAAGCCACCACAGCAACAUCACAGCACAACAGGUGACAACUCCACCGGAGAAGAAGCCAGAGAUUACAAAAAGGAAGAUGAUACCUCUGUUUUGAAUGUAGAACAAAGGCAAAUAAAGAACCAUCAUGAAGUUACCGGGGAAACUCCGUCAGCAGAAACUGACUUGGUGGACGUGCCUGCUUUUCCACAACCAAGGUUGACUCGUGGGCAAAAUCGGUCAGAUGAAAUUGCCAUGCAUCCAGGAGCAUAUGCAGUGACCCCCGGGAGUGAUCUCCAGGGAACCGCAACAAUCAGUCAUUCCUUAGUGGGAGCUACUUCUUCUUCUGAUGAGCUGUCUGGUUCUGAUAGUUCUGAUGAAGAGCUGGCAUCAAACGCAAACGCAAUGAAUCCAAUUACGGCAGAUGAGCAAGCUACAACUCCAACAGACAACAAUAGUGGAUUGGUGGUGGCAAGCCAAGUUGAAGAAACUGAAGAACCAACACAGAUUGCUAGACCCAACCAGUUGCCUGGGAAAAAGGGUUCAAGCUCAAUGGCUCUCAUGAUCCCUUUGCUCAUUGGAAGCCUUCUCAUGGUUGGAGUGAUUGUCGGUGCCAUCUGUGGGGCUGGUCUCUGCAGUAACAAAGAAAGUGAUGUGGAGACCCAGGCUCCAACUUCAGUUCGAUAUUUUGUUUUGGAGGACUUUCAAAACAGAAUUGAAGAGGCUUUUGAACUUGGCUAUUUUCCCAAAAAUGAUGAGCCAGAUCACAUCCAGCCAAGGUUCGAGGCUCUUAAUUGGAUUGUGUUUGAAGAUUCUCUGCAGCUUGACUCAGAUGCAACCAAUCUUCUUCAGAGGUUCAUUGUGGUAUUGACUUACUUUCAAACGUCGCGGGAGAGCGACUGGCUUGAUUGUGGACCUUCUACAGCCGCAAACGAUGAAGCUUGCUGGAUUCAAAUCCAGCGUUCGGAAUCAUCGGGAAGUAGGUGGCUCACAGGUGUUCAUGAAUGUCAAUGGGCAGGAAUUUAUUGCAAUGGAGAGAAAAAGAUUACUCAUUUGCAGCUUGGUCAAAAUGGAUUGAAUGGUCCUUUGCCCACCGAGAUUGCCAGGCUUUCAGCACUGGAAUUAUUAGGCUUUCCGCAGAACCAACUAACCGGAACUAUUCCAUUGAAAUUGUUUGGAAACAAGCUCUCCUCAAUAUCUCUUACAAACAAUUCAAUUACAGGGACAGUGCCCACAGAAGUUGGACUCUUUGAUGGGACUAACCUUGAAUUUGGUUCAAACAGCUUGUCUGGUUCCAUCCCUACAGAGCUCUUUCAGACUGGCAAUGGGAUCCGUCUCACUUUGGGGUUUAAUGACAAUAAGCUUACAGGAACUCUACCCACUGAAAUUGCAGCAUGGCACGGACUUAUUCAUCUCAACGUCCAUUUGCAAGGGAACCCUUUACACGGAACCAUCCCGUCCGAAAUAGGACUUCUGAAAAGCUCUUUAAGAGAAUUUGAUAUCAGUUGGACCAAUAUGGAUGGCUCCCUACCAGAGGAACUUUUUACAAAAUGUACCGACUUAGUUUCAAUUGGGGUCUCCAACUGUGGUUUCACUGGGACAAUCAGCACUGGGCUGCAGCUUUUGAGAAAUCUAGACAUGUUUGACAUUUCCAACAACAAGUUCCAUGGCACCAUCCCAGCACAGCUUUCUGCUCUGACAUCUCUGCGUUGGUUUGUUGUAAAUGGGAAUGACCUUUCUGGUUCCAUUCCAUCAUCUGUCUGUGCUUUGGCUGACCCCUCAAAAGGCGAAUUUGAAGUGGCUGCCGACUGUUUGCCAAGGGAUGGCACAGGCAAUCCCAUGCAGCCUAGUCUCCACAAGAACAAAAAAGCAAACAUGAUAACGGUGGCAACCCGUCUGUUCUUCCUAUUCAUCCUGGUGGCGGGAGUGACUGCUUUUGCGAUACAGACUCCAAACCCUCACGCUACCCAACAACAACCCACAGAGGCGGCUAGCCGUCGAGACGUUUUGUACACGUCGUUCCUGGCACCCUUGCUGACAACAAGCGCGGCGGUUGUCUCAAAUCCAUCUGUUUCUCAUGGGUACACUCCCGACCCGGAUGCUCUUCGAGAGUCGCUCUAUUUGAUCUGCCGUGUCCAAGAAGCCACCUGUUUGCAAGAGCGGUACAUUGAAAACCAAAGACCGCCCAUUCAAAAAAUGAAGCUCACGCUGCGGCUGGUCGAUAAGUCCUACCGGUUGCUGGAUCAAGUCAAUUACAUUUCCAAAUUCUUCGACAGUGACAGCGUCGUCCCAGCGACGCAGUCGGGAAAUGAAGCAGCCGAUUCACUGCAAGAAGCCAUUGAUUUUGUGUACAGCUACAAACAAGAUGCCUCCGCCAUGACGCUGGAGCAAAAGGACUUUUUGAAGGAAUCUCUCACCACCACCCGGGAAAAGUUAUUUGAGUUUUUGGAUUAUCUACCAGAAGCACAGCAAAAGAAGGUAAUGGAAGCACGGGCACGAGUGGAAGAGGAGAAUAGUCUCAACAAGGAUGAAUUUGAUCCUGAUCUUGCCACUGACGCGGGAGUCUACAACCCUGUGGUGCUGCCCUGGAAGACGAGGAAAAGCUAA